GUCGUCGAGAGCGUUGCAUUGUGCUCCCUCGCGUGAAUGCGCGCCCGUCGAAAACAAUGCAUGGGAAUAUAUUUUAACGUCAAGGAAGUUUGAUAUCGAACUAUGGAGAAAAAGGGGCUGCGCAAGAAAGACAUACUGAGGAUGGACGGCCUCCUGCCUCCGACCCGACGUUUACCAGUCUGCGACGCGGUAUCAAGUGCCUCCGAUAAGAAGAAGGACAAGAAGUGGUCGUUGGGGGGGAUUCUCCGACGGAUAUCUUCGAUAAAAGAUUACGACAGUUCCUCCAACGACGAGGAGAUCGUCUACUGCAAGAGAACGCCGAGGAAGCCCACGCGGUUCAACAGGCGAGUCGACGGUGUUAUCUUGCAUUCGAUAGAGAACAAUUCGGAGCGCGAUAAGCGGACGAGAGUGGAGAGCGACGCUCGCCACGCGACGGACUCUCGCCGAGACUCGCUGCAAUCGCGCAGCAGCGACGGUUCGUUGGACGGCUUGGGCAAGAAGUUCCGGCGGCACAAGCUGAAGGCGCGGGCCGAGGCGAAGAGGGAUCAUCUGCGCGCGGGCAGCAGCUCCGACGAGGACCGCUGCAGCAGGUCCAACAGCUCGCUAAACCGAUUCCAUGUCGCCGCGGACGGCGCGCAGAACGGGAGCGGCCAGAGGAGCAACAUGUGCAACAGGCGAACCCGCGCCGCACGUACGGAGCGUUACAUCAAGCGCUUGUCUCGCGACGAGGGCAACGGCAGCGGCGACACUUUGAACGACCUGUACAGCAAGAGGUGCUCCACGGACUACACGGAUCGGGUCGAGGAUAAGGUACGCGCGACUGCUUACGCCGACGCGAACGGACUGUGUCGGCCGCCCGUGCACCCGCCGCCGCGCCGAUCGGCCGCGUACUCGAGCGGCCGAUCGGCUCAGCAGAGAUCCUCCGCGGAAAGUCUGCGGGAAGUCGCGGAACGCGCGAGUUUACCGCGUCCCGAGGUCUGGGGCGACGUCAGGAGAUACUCCACGGGGCAGUACAUCACGGAUCUGAAUCAGAACAACACCUACCGGAAGAUCUCGCGGCAUCUCAGCGACGACGUGUACAACGCGGACGGCCAACAUCGAGCCGGCAACUUCUUCACGUAUCCCGCGAAGGGCGCGUGCCACUAUCCGGAAUCGGCGCUCGACCACGCCGUCGAUCGCCGGCGACUAAUCAAUCCGGACAAUCAGCCGCCCGUGCCGCCGCCGAGGGAUCCUCGUUAUCGCUCGUUCGGUUACAGUUCCUAUCCGACGAACAGACACCAAAAUGUGCCAAAUUACUUUAAGCAAGAGGACAAUAAGAUUUGCGCCGCAGGCGGAACGCCGAGAUCCGAGGACUGGAUGAGGGGCUUUCGGUCGUACGGGUCGAACAACGAGGUCGCCUGGCGCGACGUGACGGAACGCGAGCUAGGAAGCUUCGCGUCGAGUCCCACAGCGGAAUUCCGUAAUUCGCUGGAGCGCGUGAACAACAAGUACAACUCGAGUUAUCACCGCGCGAACGAGAUGUCGGCCUACAAAGAGAUCGAGACAACGAGGCGCAGAAAUAUUCGUAACGAUCAGCUCAAUCGCAGCGACGCGAAUUACCGCGUGCGCGAGGCCAGGAAUAAAUCAGCGAACAUCUGCGAGGCGAGUAAACAUCAUCAUCACGAGACGAUCUCGUCGCACGCAUCUGCGUCCGAUUGGUCAUCUGGAAGAUCUCCCUGCGAGCAGCGUGUUUCGCGUAUCAUCACCCCCCCGUCGACGCGUGCGACGACGGUCGAGGCCGGGGACAAGAGAGAGAGGAACAACAGAGAAGCGACGCCGACCGAGGAGGCCCUGCGGGAGAGACGGAGAAGCUCGAGGAACCUCGAGGAGGCGCUGUCCGAGCUGGAGGCGAUAUACAACAGCCUCCGCCUCGGCGACGAGGAUCUGCUGGAUCGCGCGGAACGCCGAAGUAUGGAGGAGUUCAAUCAGAGGCAAGGUAAAAGCGAGCUCGACGACGCGACGGCGAUCGCACCGCCGCCGGACUCGCCGGACCGGACCAAGGAUGACAUGGCCUACCGGCGGAUGCACCCCAAGGAGAGGCCCACGUCGCUCUCGGACAUCGCCGGACAGUCGACUCUGUCCAGCAUCAGCUAUCUCAUCGCCUCGCCCGUCCUCUCGCGCAGAGACUCGGCCGACGAUCUCGCGCGCCUGUCGUCGGCCGCCUAUCCGUCCCGUCGCGACCAGCCGGACGUGACUCGCGACGACGUGGUCUUCCGCAGCAUAAGCCACGCCAACAACACGCUGCGGGUGAUCGAUCCGCAGCCGCCGUUCGGCAUACCGCUCGGUCCGGUCAGCGCGGCGACCGAGAGCGAUUACCUGCACACGACGCCGACGAAGUCCGAGCAGCCGCGCUCCCUGUACAUACCGCAGUGCGAGCCCGACGUGGUCACGGACGAUCUGGCUUACCGAGCCCUCAGGAAGGACGCCGUCGCGACGCGGAGCGUCGAGGGCAAGCCCGACGGCGCGAGGGAGCAGCCGCCGCUGCAGGAGGCCGCGGGCGGCAUGAGGAAGAAACGCGCCGUCAGAUCGCUGUCGGCCAAUCUCUACGGGCUGAUCAAUCACGAUCGGAUUCACCUGCAACGCGAGCCCAGCCUCGACGCCAUCAGGGACGAGAUCCAAGACGUCACGAGGAACUUCGCCGCGACGUCCGAGCGACCGGAGCACCUCCGGCGGGUCGUGAGCGACGGCGAGCUGUCCGAUAACGACGCGCACAGGUGGAAGGAGCUGCAGGCGGUUAAAGGAGGGGCUAUCGAUAUCAACGGCAAUCAUCCGGCGAUGGGCGCGUACCGGAAGAAGCAAUGCGCUUACGUAUCACCGGAAACGACGCGGCAGAGUCCCAAAAAGGAGAGGGAGGAGUCGGGUAUCGCGGAGCUAUCUGACGCCAUGCUGUCUUCAAAGGCCAUCCUGAACGACAGUUUUUGGCACGAGUACCUGCAGCCGUCGGAUUCCAACGUUUCGGCAGCCAAUAACGGUCGCAGCACGGAGACGGACUUCACCGCGUACAGUCGCCUCUGCCAAGAUUUGGUUAAUUUGAUAAAAGGCGACGACGACGACGACGACGACGCGGCAACGUCGCCGAUCGUAUCACCGAACGCGGACGAUUCCGGAGUGAUCGUCACCACUGCCGAUAAAUCGAAUGACAACGUCAGACUCGAGGUCGACGAACCUCCCCCGGCGAGGGUACGCGUACGCUCCUCGGGUAGCCGGUCACCGUGGCGCGCCAACGACGAGCGGAAUGUCGAAAGCGAGAAGACUGCGAGCUCGACGAAUUCGAAUUCCACGAGGUCCACGUCGUCGAGCUCGACGCCGGCAGCCAACAACCUUGACUUCUAUCUACGCGUGGCGGAUGAAAACGUCAAGCUGAUCGCGGAGGCCUUCGAGAACGUGGCCGACCGCCUACGCGACAGUCGUCUGUCCGCCCGUAAAACAAGUCCGUCGCUGUCUCGCGGCGGUGGCUCCGAGAAUGAGGACCAAAGCGGCGGCGGCGGCGGCGGCACGCGCAGAAGCUCCACGUCGUACAGCCUGCAGGGCGAUCUAACGAGCGACGAUCGUUCCAGCAGCGUCGAGACUUCGAGACUCGAGGAGAUCGUUCGCGUAGCUUCUUCUUCGAAUGGCGACUCCUUGACGAGCAAUGAGGGGGACCAAGGUAACGCCAGCCUACUCGAGGACGCUGUUUCCACCGCCGACGCGGAGCUGGACCUAUCCAGGGCCGUUCGCGAUCUGCAACUGGCCGCGGCCAGUCUCUACGAGCACGAGCGGGAGAUCGGGGAUCUGGGUGUAGCCGAACGCGGGCGGACCGACGACGCGGCGACGCCGCCGUUCGACAGCGCGGACGACGAGAGCGAGGACGGCGCGAUCCGCAGGAUCAGCCUGAUCGCCGACGCGCUGAGGCAGGAGCCGCAGGAGCGGGAACGCGAUCAGGAGGAGACCGUGGUACUGCCCGGCGGGAUCGAGGCGCGCGGCGACGGCGGAGACGAGGCGCGAGGCCGGGCGAGCCGCCGCGAAGGUGAGCGCACAGUGUGCGUGCUUGAUCGCACGAGAUCGCGCGGCGCCGCCGUCGGGGACGAGACGCGGCGCGCCCCCCGUGUUGUCACUAACCUCUCAACCGUCCCGGUAACGACGUGCACCACGCUCUUGCUCGCUUGUCUCCUUGCAUUGCUUUUAGCGAUCGUCCUGGCGCCCGCGAGGAGCCGUCCGGCCGAUCGUUAG